GGUGACUCUGUUAUUACCGUGCAGCUGACUGAGGAAGAUAAAGUUGAAGAUGAUGUAGUUUUUUACUUGGUCUUCACUGGGUCAACUGUCCAACACUGCACAAGCACAAGAAAGAUAAAUCCUGGGAGUCUGGAGACCAUUUCACCUGGCCAUGACUGCUGUGAGACAGUGAAGGUGGCACUUUGUGCCUCUCGAGAAGGUCACCCCGUUCUGGUUGUGGCAGAAGAGAGUUUCCAGUUCGUCCAGGAUGAAGCCUAUGAUGCUGCCCAGUUUCUGGCCACCUGCGCUGGCAACCAGCAGGCACUCAACUUCACCCGGUUCUUGGACCGGUCGAGACCACCCGCUGCAGAUGUGGACUUCUUGGAUGAGAAAGUGGCUUUGGCAUUUCGACACCUGAAACUGCCGGCAGAAUGGAACGUGCUGGGAGCGGACCAGUCCCUGACCGAGAACAUCCCUCGGGAAACACUGAUGCAUUUUGCGGUGAGGCUGGGUCUGCUGCGGCUGACGUGGUUUCUGCUCCAGCAGCCGGGGGGAAGAGGAGCUCUCAGCAUCCACAACAACGAAGGGGCAACGCCUGUGAGCUUGGCCUUGGAGAGGGGCUACCAGAAACUGCACCAGCUUUUGACAGAAGAGGAAGCCAGGGAACCGGACUCCUGGAGCACCUUGUCUCACACCGUGCACUCGGGGGACUACAGCGUGAAGCACCACCGUGGGCUUGAUGUUUACAUGCUGACAGCUGAAGCCAAGGAAGGGGAAACAGCCAACUGGGAGAGUGACAUACGGCACCUUCAGAUGCACAUGCAGAGCCACCAGCACGUGAGUUUAAAGCAGCAGACAGAGCCUGUGCUGGGAGAUUCUGGAGACAGCUGUGCUAAGGGAGCAGAGCCAGAUGGUCACCCGAUGGCUGCUACUCAGAGCCUAGAAGAAAUGGCAAGAGAAGGAAGGCAGGAAAGUCCAUCCGAUCCUGUUCACCUGGACAUGGGGCAGCUCUCAGACCAAACCCACCAGGAGGAGAAAUGCAACAGCAGGAGUUUGGGAGCUUUUAAUGAUGUGCCAAAUGACUUGCUGAGCCUGGGGGAUGCGCAGAACCCGGAGUGCUUCUGUGAAAGUAAAAACGUGACGUUGAGUAAAAAGGAAGAGGAGGGGCCGACCUCUGCUGAAGGCUCUGGGACUGUAUCGGAUGAGAAGGACUGCACAGGGAGCCUGUCCGCAAGUGUAAACGGUGCCGUGAAUCUCCCAUCCUGUGGAAAUACAAAUGAGGAAGCUGGAAUGACAUCUGCUGGAGUUGUUCUGGAUCAAGCUGGCUUGUGCGACAGUCCCCAUCAGGAAGCACAAGGUGCUGAGGAGCAUUCAGCUGACAGUACUGUUUCUGUGGUUGGAACUGCAGGCGAAGCCCCAGCUUCCUUGGAGGGCGUGGAUGUGGCUAUGGGCCAAACUGAGUGCAGGAACUGUGCAGGGGCAGCUGAGAGGGCUGUGGGACAGCAGCAGGUAGAGGAUGGGACGGCUGAGGCUGGUGAAAGGAGGACUGCAAACCUAGAACAACAGUUGCCAGCUCAGGAAGAGUCAGCCAGUUCUGUUCGGCCCUUAUUGAGUGUUUUUAAUGGCACUGAGCGUGCAGAUGGGGAGGAUGAAGAUGCAGGAGUGGUACCGGCAUGUGAUGGUAUGAAUGCAGAUGGUGGCACUGGCGAGCUCUCCGCUGACCUGUGCAAGACUAGUGAUAACAAGGAGCCUGGAGCAGACUCAUGCGCUGAUCAACUAAACAGUGGCUUCUUGGAAAGCCAAGGUGAUGCCCAUGUCGCAGCGAGGCAGGAUGUCAUCAUGAGUGCCAGGACAGCAUUGCCAGCAGUGAAUGGGGUAAAGACUCCCACAUGUGCAUCAAAACCUGCUCCUGGUUUGGAAGUUGAUGGCAGUGGUAAGAGUGGGGAGCAAGAAGGGCAGGUGGAAGCAGGUUGCAUGGAUAGGAAAUCCAGCUUUCCCUCACUGGGAGACAGUGUGGAAACGGAUGGCCCUGAUGCUAAACCUGAAACUGACGAUGUUGGUGGAUUUAAUGAAAGCAGUGCAGAACCUGCGUGUGGCCUGGAGAGCGGUAACAGCACUGAACGUGUGGCUGAAGCAAUGGAGGGUAGCGAAGCCCAAGAGGAGGAACCAGUAGGAACUGAUAGCAGCAGUGGAGAUGGAGGAAGCGCAGAUUCUUCAGGUAGAGGUCAGGUAGUUGCUAGUGUUUGCCCUUGCGCUGAUCAAACUGUUGUUAAAGAUGAAAUGGGCGACAGCUUCAAAGCGGAUGCUGCUCAAGAGAGCAAACCAGAGCCUGCAUCGCUCCCUCCGGAGGGUGCAAGCAUAUGCCUGGCAGAAAAAGAGCCUGCACAAACAGAAGCAGAGACAGCAGAAAGUGCUUUGGAGCAGGAAGUGCUAAAUGGCGAGGUGGAAUCACCCAGAGGAGAGGGACCCGCGGUGAGUCAGGAGGGAGAUGCUGCACUGGCACCUCUCGGGCAGGAGGCAGCUUUGCAAGGUAAUGACCCUGGAGUAGCUCCGUGUGCCAAGGGUGCAGACUUUACAGAGGAUAAUUCAGUGGGCACACCCUCUGCAAUUCACAUUGGAGAACCUAAACAAAACCAGGAAGUGCUGGCGGCAGCAGCAGGGUCGGCAGAGCUGGCCUGGCAGCGCGGUGGGGAGCAUGGCAAUGUAGCUGCUGUUGCUGGCUGGCCUGGGGACCAUGCAGGGGAUGAGGGGUCUCCAGAGCAGAGCCUCUCGCAGCAGGCUGAAGGAGGCAAAGCUGAGCCCAAGCAGGAGGCUUGUGCAAGUGGCAGGGAGCAGGUUUUGUCGGAGGAAUUUGCUGCAGUUGUGAAACCCUCUGUCUGCAGUCAGGGGGGGCCUGUGACAAGCAGCAGUGAUGUGGAUGCUGGGCUGAAAGGGGCACUCUGCGCUGAAGAAGUGUGCAAGGCUGCGGCAGAGGGUGCAGGAGAAGGCAUCAUGCACGGACCUGCAUCAGCAGGUGAGUCACCGGGUGUGGAGAGGAACUCUGGUCCAGAUGCAGGGCUGAACCAAGAACAUGAUCCCCUACAACAAAUCUCCCCGUGCAGCGGCACCCCCGAAUUAAAGGAUGCUUCGGAAGUGGGAGCCCCAAGCGAUGCCUGUGAGGGUAAGGAAGUGUUAAGGCCAGUGACAAUACCUCCUAUUGCAGCGUAUCCAGAAGAGCAGGAGGAUAAGGAAAGCGUGCUUCCCCGGGCAGCGCUUCAGCCCAUCGCGGAGGAGCCCACGUGUGACAGUGACUCCAGCACCGACACUGUUUGUCCUGCCAGUGAGACUGAUGCUGGUCCCGCUGCAGAAGCAGCUCAAAGGGAAGUCUCAGCUGAGCCCAAUGCAGAGCAAAGCCAACCUGUACCUGAAUCGCCCUUCUCACCGUGUUCAUGCCAGUUACGUGCUGUUGAGUCACUGGAAAAUGUGGGAGUGAAGAGUUCGGUUUCAGCAGAUGGUGGCUCGUCUCUGGAUAAAGUUCCUAAAAUGGUGAAAAGUUUUGAUGCGGUGGUUUUUGCAGCAGAGACACCUUGUUCCCCUGAAUUACCAGCCACAGAAAAAGCAGGGCUUGAGCCCCAGGCUACAGUGGAUGUGGGAGCCAGCCUUAAUGGAGAAAUGGAUUUAAGUUCCUCAACAAAGAAGAGGAACGUCAGCCUGACGGUGCAACGAGAUGAGCGUCUUACAGGGAGCUUGGAGAUGAAAACUGAAGACGAGGUGGAUUCUGUGAAGGAUCACGAGGAGCGUGCAGCCCGUGAGGCAGCG